AUGGCCGACCCAUCGGCGAGCCCCUCCGGCGACGGCGGGAGCCGCGUUAGCGGCAGCCCCACGGCCGGCGGCAUCGGGGAGGAGCGGGACGUGUUUCUGCCCGUCGCCGAUAUCAGCCGCUCUUGGAUCUCUGCUUGGCUUGAACGGCCUUUGUUUUUGGCGGGUGACGCGUCGGUGCUUUGCAUGGAGAGCGGCGAGAGCGACAGAUGCAAGAGGGCGAGGCGGGAGGCCACGGCCGGCAACGACCUGCUGCCCGAGAUGGCGAAGCAGGGGUUUCAGGCCCACCCGCACAAGAACAGAUCGGAGCUCCCUUGCACAAUGGAGGUGGUGGAGCCAAACCCCUUGCCCGUGUCCGAUGUCAGGGAUUGGUCUGAGCUCCCACUCGAUGCGCUUUCUGCAAUCUUCAUGAAGCUUGGGACCAUUGAGAUUCUGAUGCACGCGGAACUUGUGUGUCGCUCAUGGCGCAUAACAGCCAAGUCCCCCGAGUUGUGGCGUUUCGUGGACAUGACGCGCCACAAGGUGGUUUUCUCAAAGGCAGAAAAUGUCUUGUGUGAAAUGGCAAAGGUGGCUAUAGAUCGCUCCGAGGGACGGAUGGAAUCGUUCUGGGCUCAGAAGUUUGUCACUAGCGAACUCCUGAAUUACAUUGCAAGCAGAUGCAACUCAUUGAAGAGCAUUCGGCUCAUUGCCUCCCAAUACUUUUGGGACGACGGAGUAACUAAGCUUGCGGCUAGAUGUCCAAUGCUAGAAGAGAUAGAGUACUCUGGUCAGAAGCUGUCGUGGCCAUUUUUCAAGCGGAUCGGUGCUGCUCGCCCAGAGCUGAAACGUUUAAGAGUCCGUUUGCCUUGGGUCGACGAGGAGGAAGAGGAGGAGCUUUAUGAGGCCUGGGAGGCGAGACAGAACGAGGAGGCCUUCGCCAUAGCAGAGAGCUUGCAGGAGUUGCAGCUCCUUCAGAUGGCAGGCUACGGCCUGACUGAAAAGGGGGUGUACGCCAUUCUUGAAGGCUGCCCCCACCUCGAAUUCCUCGACCUUAGAGAAUGCGACAACCUUGAAGUUGACGAUGAAUUCCGAGCUCGCUGUGCCAAUAUCAGGCAUGCCCGGCUGCCAGGAGUGGUGGGGUCUCCGCCUCACGCUCAGUGCCCAGAUCUCCAUACCAUCGAGGAGAACGAAGGUGAAGUGAUAGAGCAAUCUGAUCUCUAUGCUUGCUCUCCGCACAACGAGGCAGCGAUGGACAGCGAUGGCUGCGACCAGUGCUAUUGUCAUGGCUGCGGCGAGUACUAUUGCGAAUACUACUGCGAUUGCUACUGCGAGUACUCCCUGCUCCCCUGGGAUGACUACUGA